CAGGCGAUAGGGCCCCCCCUCCCCUUGGCGGCCCCCCCCCCUUGGCGGGCCGGGGCGCAUCUGAUCGCGCCCUUGAGUUUCUGUCCGCCCAGAGCCUGAGAGUUCGGUUCCUGGGCCUGGGUUUCCCCCUUAAAAACCUCGGCCCCGGCCCCGGCCUCGGCUUGGCGGCCCCUGGGCGAACUGCCGAGCUAGUGUAAAUCCCCAGAGCCCAGCAAGUCCGAGUUGAAAGGGGAAGGGAGUCAAAGUGCUCAAAGCUCUGACUUGUGUGGACUUCAACAGCAAAGGCACGUCUUGGCUGACGGAAGCCUUCGUGCCUGAGACGGCAGCCCUGCCCUUUGAUCGAGGACUGGCUGAGAGCAGUGAUCCAGACUGCCCUAUGCCCGCUGCACUGUGCCUUUCGCCGGGUUCCUGGGAGACAGCUGCAAAGGAUCCCAUCCCGCACAGCCAGCCGCAGCUCUUCCCUGCUGUCCUGUGUCCCUUGGCAGCCUGGCAUAAUGGCUGCCACUGCGCUGAAGCCCCUCAUCGCUGUGUGCCAGCUCACCUCCACGCCUGACAAGGAGCAGAACUUCGCCAGUUGCUCGCGGCUCAUCCGGGAGGCAGCACAGCGAGGUGCCUGCGUCGUCUUCCUUCCCGAGGCCUUCGACUUCAUCGGCAGCGACACGCAAGAGACCCUGAGCCUGGCCGAGAGCCUGGAGGGGGCCCAGAUUCAGCGCUACGCUGGCCUGGCCAGGGAGUGCCAAGUGUGGCUGUCUCUGGGUGGCUUCCAUGAGAGAGGUGACGACUGGGCCAGCACCCGGAGGAUUUAUAACUGUCACCUGCUCCUGGACCCCACAGGGCACGUCGUGGCCACAUACAGGAAGACGCACCUCUGCGAUGUAGACCUGGAAGGGCGAGUGUCUAUGAAGGAGAGCAACUUCACCAACCCCGGGCCUGAGAUUGUGUUGCCUGUCAGCACCCCUGCUGGGAAGAUCGGCCUCGCCAUCUGCUAUGACCUGCGUUUCCCAGAAAUCUCUCUGGCACUAACCCAGGAGGGGGCGGAGAUUCUCACCUACCCAUCAGCCUUCACGGUGACCACAGGCUCCGCCCACUGGGAGGCGCUGCUGCGGGCCCGCGCCAUCGAGACCCAGUGCUACGUGGUGGCAGCAGCUCAGACCGGGAAGAACCACGAGCGCCGCACCUCCUACGGCCACACCAUGGUGGUGGACCCCUGGGGCUGUGUGAUUGCCCAGUGCCAGGAGGGGCCAGGCCUGUGCUACGCGGAGAUUGACCUGGGCUACCUGCGCCGUAUCCGCCAGGAGAUGCCCGUCUGCACCCACCGGCGGGCCGACCUCUACGGCAGGGUCACUGUGCUGAAGAAACCCCCGCCUCCCUGAGGGGCUGCCCCCCCCCCCCCAGGAAAAUCAGCCACUGCCAGCCAAGCCCUGCAACCCUCCGUAAUCAAGAGGCAGAGCAGGGAGCAGAGACCCCUCCUGGUAUCACCUCCUCCCCCCCACAGACCCCUCCCGGUAUCACCUCCUCCCCCCACCGAGACCCACUGAGCAGGGCUGAGGGCUCUCCUGGUGUGUGCUGGGCAGAGGCGCCCUCUGGGAGACAGCAUGGAACUGCAGCAUCCCCCAACAAUUCCUGCUCGGGCUGGUGCUGCCUUGUCAGGCCCAAGCGAAGAUGGAGCAUUUCCCAAGGGUGAAGGGAGCAGCUCCAGCCGGGCCCCUGGCUUCUCCAGGCAGCAGCUGAUGCGGCAGCUGCCCCGUGGAAGGAGCAUUCGCAGUGGGCUCCAGAGCUGAGCAGGUAGAGGGGAGGAAGCGGAAGUGAGGCGGCUGCUGGUAAAACCCUGGCUCAGAGACAGAGCAGUGGAGAGGUUCCUGGGGAGGCUGGGGCUAGCUGGUGUGUCGGACCCGUUCCCCUCUCAGCAAGCGCUCGAGCUGUACCAGUUCCUGAGGCGUCCUGCCUGCUGCCCUUGUCACUACGUCCCUGCCAUAGGAACGGCCACGCUGGGUCAGACCAAAGGGCCAUCCAGCCCAGGAUCCUGUCUUCCAACAGUGGCCAAUGCCAGGUGCUCCCAAGGUACUGGUACUGAUCUAGUGACCUCUCUCCUGCCAUCCAUCUCCACUCUCUGACAAACAGAGGCUAGGGACACUAUUCCUUACCCAUCCUGGCUAAUAGCCAUUAAUGGCCUUAACCUCUGUGAAUUUAUCCAAUUCUCUUUUAAACCCUGUUAGUCCUAGCCUUCACGAUCUCCUGAGGCAAGGAGUUCCCCAGGUUGACUGUGCGCUGAGUGAAGAACAACUUCCUUUUAAACCUGCUACCCAUUAAUUUCAUUGGGUGGCCCCUAGUUCUUAUAUUAUGGGAACAAGUAAAUAACUUUUUUCCUUAUUCGUUUUCUCUACACCACGCAUGAUUUUAUAGACCUCUAUCAUAUCCCCCCUUAGUCUCCUCUUUUAGUGCCCUAAAACUGUCCCAUGGUCUGCCUGAGGUGGGGUGGGGCUCAAUUUCCCAGCAGAGGGAGAGGGGCUCUCCACCCUGGGCAGUUCCCCUGUGAUUUAUAACUAGUUAGGAAAUUCUAAGAGGGUGAGAAGUCUGUUACUUCUGAGCGUAUAGGGUGUGCCUGAUUCCCCCCUUUGGCCUCAGCAAGGGAUGGAUGGGCCUGGGCUACUUCACCUUUAGAGCUCAUGGGUCUUGGAGCAUGGAACUGCACCCUAGUUAUAGCCCCUACAAUGCUGCUCUGAGCCCUUGGGCAGGUCCCUUCCCUCUGCCUCAGUUUCCCCAUCUGUCUGAUGACACAUGCUCCACAAUCUUUAGGUGAAAAGCUCCAUGUUAGUACGAGACCCAAGCGGCUGGGGAAAGGAGAAGUGACACUUAGUAAUUGAGGUAAUGGGCAGCCCAGAGGGCUGGAUGCUGGCCACAACCCUAGGGUGAAGCAGGAGAACUGGAUCAUCUUCCCACUGUACCUCUCUCCCACAGCUCAGGACCCCCUCCCUGCCAUCAUCUCCCCUCUGCAGGCAGCCAGUGCCUCCCCAGCCCUGCCCCAGCAAGGUCUCCCAUCCUAGCGCUUGAUGGUGGCUCUGCCUUGUAUCUAAGCUACUGGCCCUCUUGUGUAUCACUUUCUCCUCCGAUCCCACUGGCCCAAUGGAGAGCAAGGCCCAAAGACCCACAGUUUAGCAGGAAACACAUUCCCUACCCCGCUAAAGGCACUGUCACUCUAGUGGUUGGUGCACUCAGAGUGAGACUGACUGUUGGGACAGUACUUUUGUGGUGGCCCUUUGGUUUGCAUCUAUAAACCAGGGCCAAGGCUGGAUUUCCUCCCAGGAAGAGCGUGAGGGUUCAGUCCAUAAUAGAGAAUUGUGAGCUGACUAGGGGGCAGUGAGCACACUGUAUGGGGGGAGAGGGGCUCCAGCCCUAACCUAGCUGGGUGCAUUGGCUGAGCCAGUGCAAUUAAUCAAGGCCGCACUUACAUCAUCUGCAGGCUGAUCUAAAUACAGUGGGGCAGUUCCUGCCAGUUGGAGCUGUCGGUUCAGGCUGGCUGCAGACUCAGGCAGACAUCGCAAAAUGGUUCUGGAGCUGAACUCAGCAGUGAAGAGGGGCAGUCUUUAGCCAUGCAACCGCCAGGGCCCCUGCUACUCGUGGCUUCUUUUCCCAGCACAGCACCUUUACUUGAAGUGCAGAUGUGACACAACAACGAGGAUCCACCUUUACAAAACCCAAGGGGGGGACCAGCGGCCCAGCCACGGCACUGCUGGUUAACGGCGCUCUGGGGCUUAGCUGAGGUAGGCCAGCUGGGAUCUUAAGAACAAGAUGAACGUUGCAUGGCCCAGGCACAUGUGUUUCUGCAGAGCUCAAGGUCACCCUAGUAGGAAAUGGAAAACCCCAGGCCAGAUGCAACACUUCAAAACAAACCACCCCAAACAGCUGGAAGGGAACGGAACUGACCCAGCAUCUGUGCAGUAAGGAAGCAGACGAGAUGCAGUAGAUGUUUAUUUCAAGAAAACUGAAAGCUACAUGGGGAUUAUGACUGUUAUAUUGGAAGUUUAAAAAAUACAGAAGAGUCACAGAAAUUA